UACGUUACUCAUAUCAUAGCCCGGCCAGGUUCUCGUUACGACAUGAGUGACUCGUAGCCAGGAUAAAAAGAGUUAAAGCACACUACAGACCUGUACAAGACAAAAGUUUCAAGAGGUGCCAACAAUGUCGGGUUUCUUAGACAACUGCCACUGGCCGCGAUGUGAAUGCAUCGAGCUGGGAGACAGACGGAACUUGAUUGUGGCCAUAGCCUCCGGAGUUCUGUUUUUCUCAGGAUGGUGGAUCAUGAUUGACGCAGCUGCUCUGUACCCAGACGGGGGCCAAUUCAACCACGCCUAUCAGACUCCAGGGGUGGUGUUAACAGUAGCGUUUUUUAUGAUUAACUCAGUGUCAAACGGACAGAUCAGGGGAGAUGCUUACACCACGGGCUGUAUUGGCCAGACUGGAGCGAGGGUGUGGCUCUUCCUAGGCUUUCUCCUGGCCUUCGGGGCUCUCAUCGCUGCCAGCUGGAUCCUGUUUGGCUUCUACGUCGUGGAAUAUGUACAGCCAGACUGGCCCGGGAUUGCCGUGUUCUUGCAAAACGCUCUCAUUUUCUUCAGUGCCUUCCUGUUCAAGUUUGGCCGCACGGAAGAUCUGUGGGGAUAAGUGACGGGACUCUGUGCCGCCUGCGUCAGGUCACGUCGUCAUAAUGGCACAGUCUGUGUCAGGUCACGUCGUCAUGAUGGCACAGUCUGUGUCAGGUCACGUCGUCAUGAUGGCACGGAUAUGUGGUGACAAGUGACGACAUGUCAUUUUGAUCUGGUCGCAGAGCUCGGCCACUGACUUUGUUUCUAGCAACUUUUCUAUUCGAGGGUGCAAAUACAAAUCAGGACAAAGAACUCACGGGAAAAGAACUCAAGGGAAAAGAACUCACGGGAAA